CUACAUCUCUCUCUCUCUCUCUCUCUCUCUCUCUCUUUUCUAUUCUGUUCUUCUUUUAGCUGUUCAUACCUUUUGUUUUUGUCCAAACCCUAGACUCAUCGAGACUCAGGAGAAAUGUAUCACAGUCAUCACUUUGGUCCAUGUCUUCAUUGCCACCCUCAAAGCUACAUUAGAAUGGUUCAACAUCUUAUUGAGAGAUGCUUGCUACUUCACAUGAAUCGUGACCAAUGCAUAAAGGCACUAGCAGAGCAUGCACGCAUUAGGCCACUCGUCACGCUUACAGUAUGGAGAGAGCUACAAAAGGAGAAUAGGCACUUCUUCCAAGCAUACUUCCACUCUAUUUCUCCCAGACCUUUAAUGGGCAGUUGUAUUCAAAGGGGGCCAAGAUUUGGAAGAAGGAAACAGCACUGGAAGUGAAUGUGGUUUUUCUGAUAUAUGUGUGAGGAAGUUAAACUAAUUAAUUACAACUCAAAACUAGCUAGCCAUCAUUUUGAAUAUCCUAGUUUGUAAUUAUAGCUGAAAAUAACGUUCGAUGAUUUGGGAAAAUGGAUAAAAUCCCAGUCAAGUAUAAAAUAUUUUUGCUACUGAUCA